AUGGUCACUCUCAAUUUGGAUGCAAAAGUCUCCACAUUUUCGCUUCUGAUCCCAGCAUCCUCUGCGGUUCCAACUGUAUUCUGUUCCCUUCUUGAUCUGCUUUGUUGUCCUGAGACCGUCAAUAUUGUGCUCCCAUCAAAAACGAACCGUGUCAUCUCCAAGAAAUCUCUCGACGAUAAACCUGAUGACACCCCAAAACCUGGUCCCGGAUCAUUGUAUACACGGUGGGGCAGAACAAGUUGUUCUCCUUAUUCAAGCCUUGUAUAUGACGGUGUGGUUGGUGGACAAUUCUUUGACCACACAGGUGGCGGUAGUAAUCUCUUGUGUUUACCUAACGAUCCCAUUUGGGCCAAUUAUACGACAGAAGUAGAAAAAUGUGGUUACAUUUAUGGCAGUGAAUAUCAAUUCGAAUUAUACCCAACUAAUAAACUCUUUUCUUUUGCUAACGCUGAAUCAAUUUAUGAACACAACGUUCCGUGCGCUGUCUGUUUGACACGACAACCUGCUGUUGUAAUGAUGUUACCAGCUAGGACACGCUGUUACCCUGGUUGGACGAUUGAAUUUUCAGGAUAUUUGAUGACCGCGCGUCAUGAUCAUAAGGGCAGACUUGAAUAUGUGUGUGUGGACUACGCACCAGAAGCUGAUCCAGCGGGUUACAGUAACGAAGACGGAGCUCUAUUAUAUUUCGUUCAGGCUGCUUGUGGUUCAUUGCCAUGUCCACCGUAUGUCAAUGGUCGAGAAUUAACCUGCGUUGUGUGCAGUAAAUAUUGAAUAGAAAUUUACAUUCGUUUCUAUAUGAAAAUUUAUGUCGGCGAAUCAUAAAAUAUAAUAUAAUAAAGCAACAUAUACGUUUCUUGUAAUUGUGU